UAAAUAGCUUUUCAAUAUAAAAUAAUGGACAGAUAUUGUUCUCACAGAGAUUUCGUAACAAAAAUAGACAGACUAUCAAUCAGCCUGUCAGUUGUUACGCAAUUAAAGAAAUGCAGUUUGCACUUUUAGUUCACCUUACUCCCCCAUCCCCAACAGUAAUAAACUCGUCCUGACGUCGACGUGACGUAGACGGCUCCGUCUGCCGACUGCCUCUGCCACAGCUGACAGACGACAGUGAGAGUGACUACGACUAGUGAGCUAGUGACAGACAGCCCGGAUAAGGUUAUGUUAUGUUGAUGGUAAACUAACACCAAAAACUGACGUUUUGGCGUUCGUCCGUUACUCGUUUGUUACGGUGUUAAAGUGUUAUACAAUUUGUAUUCUUAUUCUUGUAUUUGUUAAAAUGAAAAGAAGCUAUCAAAGUGGGGCAAAGAAAAGGCAAGACAAGAAGAAAAGAGAAGAGGAUGCUUCAAAGUGUUCUUCCACCCUAUCUGCUUGGUUAUGUCCUACUACUAGUACUACUACAACUAAAAGUACUAAUGUCACAUCUACAUCUAGUACUGAAACUAGACCAAUAAUUGCCUCAGUCCCAGGAAAUGAGAUUGAAGAGGAAGUUACAGCUCAAGAUAACGCUGAAGAAAGUAUUGAUGAAGAAGUAACAUGCCUAGGGCUAGGGCAUCAACAAGAAAAUUGUGCCAAACCUCCAACAAGUCCUACGUCAAGCAGUGAACUGAUCGGCGUAAAUGAUCAAGUGGAAUGUAGCCGGACGAAUAAAAUUAAUGAAACUUGUUUAAACACCGGAGAACCCCAUUUUCCAGACCAGAUCAUCGAUCCAGAGGUGAAAAAACGAAUUAUUGAAUUAGGACUAGGACCCUAUCAACCAGUUGGCCCAUUUCCAUAUGAUGGAAAACAAGGUAGGUCCUUUUCAGACAAUUAUUUUACCCUGAAGUCAAAGUCUGGGCUCAAACUGAAAAGAACUUGGUUGUGCUAUUCGUCCCAAUUGGAUUGUGUUUAUUGCCAACCUUGCUGGUUGUUUCCCCAGAAAGGACCUGUAGGAGGAUGGGAUUCAGGAUUAAGGGACUGGAAACAUUUGUCUGAUCGCAUAAAGACACAUGAGAAUUCACAGCACCAUGCUGAUUCCUGCUUGGUUUAUGAGCAAUGGCGACGUCAUGGCUCAAUAGACGAUGCACUAGAAAAAGGUUUGAAGGAGGAGCGGAAUUUUUGGAGGAAAGUUUUGAAGAGGGUCUUAGAUGUCUCCCUUAUGUUGGCAACAUGCAACCUUCCUUUUCGUGGAGACAGUUGGCAUAUCACUGAUAGAAAUAAAGAGAAUCCGAAGGCUCCUGUUCCUAAAGACAAGGUAACAUUAAAGACUUUAAACCCUACACGUUGGGCAGGGAGAUAUGAAGCUGUGUACGCUUUAAAGGAAAGGAAGGUCCAUCUGGCUGGUGUAGAUGACGACUGCAUGGAUGUACAGUGCUAUGACAGUAAGAAGCUGCAGGGAUUUGAAAGCUUCUCUGCAGCUUUCCCUAGGGCUGAGGCUAUAGAGUGCCCUUACAGCUUUUUUUUGGAGUAUCAGGAUUUUGUUGAGAUUGGUUUCAGAUGUUCCUCCCCAUGA